AUGGCGAUGAGGAUUGCUUCAAUGGUGGCAUUGCUGCUCUUCAUCGUUCCGCAGCCGAUCAUCACCGACGAGGGGAAUGAGACGGACAACCCGAAGGUGUUCAAGCCGCCCCGCACGAACGACCCGAAGAUGACGCUGCUUCCCAAGAAUAGCCCGCCUCCUCAAGUCCAAGACCACUCGCCGCCAUCGUCCUCGCCGACGCCCUCUGGCAGUACGGCCCCACCAUCACCCUCCACUGAAAUCGAAAUCACCGACCCAACGGCCCCUACCGGCAACGACAAGAAGACCAACAUUUCCGACAUGACACACCGGCGGGAGCGCGAAGAGAAGGAGGAAUGGAAGCCCGUCGCCUUCACCUGGGACGAUGAGGGCCACGAGUACUGGGAGUUCGACGACAGCCCCGGAGUCGGCGAUGAGGUGGUGGACAGGUGGCGGCAAGUGUUGCUCAAUAUGGGAUAUAUUGAAAACGCUGCCCUAACCACGGCGUCCCUGGUGAGGGGUAACGACGAGAGGACGCGCAUCAUCCGCCGUUCCAUGGUUCGCUAUCUGGUGCUCUCGCAGGUGCUGGUCUUCCGAGAUAUCGCCAUUUCGGUGCGGCGGCGUUUCCCUACGAUGCGCUCCAUCGUACAGGCUGGUUUUCUCCAAGACCACGAGUUGGAAAUGCUCGAAAAAGUGAAGCUCGACGACAACUACAACAAGUACUGGGUGCCGAUAAAUUGGGCGUGUGCGCUGUGCUUUAAGCUCCGCGACAUCAGCCAGCCAAACCAGGACCCAAACGUGCACGGGUUGAUGCACGUCAGCCAUAUGAAUUAUUUGCUGAAUGAAUUCAAAUUCUUCCGCAACAACCUCCAAACCCUAUGCAAUUUCGACUGGGUCCCGAUCCCACUCGCCUAUCCACAGGUCGUGUUCCUGUCGGUGCGCGUCUACUUCCUCAUCUGUAUCGUAGGCCGUCAAUUUAUCGUCGGUCAGGAUAGUCCGAAUCGCACGCAGAUCGACCUGUACUUCCCGAUGAUGACGGUUCUGGAGUUCAUCUUCUUCGUCGGGUGGAUGAGGGUGGCCGAGGCGCUGCUCAACCCGUUCGGCGAGGACGACGACGAUUUCGAGUGCAACUUUCUUAUCGACAAGAAUAUUGCGACAGGUCUGGCCAUCGUCGACGCUUACGACGAGCACCCGGUGCUGAACAUGGACCAGUUUAAGACUCAGCAGGGCCCAAUCUACUCUGAGGAGAGCCAGAAGCAUGGCCAUCACCAGAAUGUGCUUGUCGGAUCGGUGGCACAGGUCAACCUAGCCAAACCCGACGACGACGUGAAGAUGGUCGAGCUACAACCGCUAUCAGCUGCCCCAUCUACCGAGUCCGUGCCCACAUUUGCCCAGAGCUUCAUGUCAAAUUUGCGGCCGCGCAAGAAGACGCGCGAGUUUAGCCUGCGACCGGCCCACCGUGUCCGCUCGCACUCCACCAACUUUGCCCCGGUCUCCCCGAAUCCGACCGAAUCCCCCAAGUACAGCUUCUGCUCCCCGACGGCGUCGAUAGGAAUGUCGCGGUAUCCGUCGCAGGUCUCCCGAUAUCACUCGUCGACCGAGGGACCGUUUGACAUAUCUUUUGCUCCCUCGGUUCUGACCAACGACGUGGUGCACGAGGUGGACCAUGAGGAAGAGGACGUCAGCUUGGGGAGAUCAAAGCACUUCAAACCCCACCACAUCGCCAGCAGGAUCAGUGAAGUCAGCGAAGAGGACCAGUCGCCGGUUGCCGAAGAAAAAUUCGCCCUGUCGCUGGAGAAGAUCUCGGAACGCGGGUCGGUGGAACAGCUGAAGAAAGAGAAA